UUCCAUCGCAAGGCUCGCCUCUCUGUUCACGAAUCGUCGUCACGCAUGCAUCGGUCGUCCAUUUUUCGUAAGAGUUCGACAAAAAACUGAAAAUUACAUCGCAAAAAGACAGAAAUUUCACAAAUCAUAUCUAUUAUAAGAACUUUGAAACCGUAGCACAGUGCAUUUCAGUGGCCUUUAAAAUACUGCUCAACCCAAUAAGCAAUAGCAAUAUAAAUUAGUUUUACAAUUCAACUGCAACUGGGAAACGUUCGUGCGCGUAUGUACAAAAAAAGUAAAUAAAACGCGUGUGUGAAGUGGUGCAGAAAUUGUAGCGGAAGCAACUAUAAAUCAAUCGAACGCUUCCAACAACAAACCUGUGUGGCAAUAAAAACAACAAAAAUAUAUUUAAUAAAAAUAAAAAUAUAUUAAGCAAUUAUCAUAUAUAUAUAUAUAUUUUAAAAAUAUAUUUAUACACCUAUAUAUAAAUAAAGAGUUAACAUAGCUAUGGCAUGUGCAACACUUAAACGCGCCUUGGAUUGGGAGUCGCUGAAUCAGCGACCCACGAAACGUCGUCGCUGCAAUCCUUUCGGACAAUCUGGCAGUAAUUCGCCAUCGCGUAACGGCAACAGCAACAAUAAUGAUGCAGCUAGCAGCAGCGGCAGCUCGACAACGCCCAGCAAUCGCUUUGCCAAGGACAGCAAUGAGCCAAGUCCAUUCUCCGAGUCUGCCUUAUCUAAGAUGUCGCCAGACAAAAUGGCCGAGAAUUUGUGCAAUGAAAUCAAAAGACUGCACAAACGCAAACAAUUGCCGAUUACAUCCAGUGCCCUAGAGCGAAUGCAGGACUCGGAAUCGAGCGGCUCUGAAAUGGGACCGGAGAGUCCGCAUCGGCCGGACAGCCCGCCGAGUCACUUGAUGAUGCGCCAUCAUGGAGAGAAGGCAUUGUUCACAUUCAAACAGGUGCAGCUUAUAUGCGAGGGCAUGAUCAAGGAGAGAGAGGAUCAACUGCGCGAACGUUACGAAUCCGUGCUGACCACCAAAUUGGCUGAGCAAUAUGAUGCGUUUGUCAAAUUCACAUACGAUCAGAUCCAGCGUCGUUACGAGGCAGCGCCCAGCUAUUUGUCGUAAGGCAGCCUAAAUUCUCACUACGAUCUUAUGUGGCGGUUUUUCCAGCCGGCGCGACAGCAACAGUAGCAACAGCAAAUGCUAAAAGAUAAAAAACAACAUAGAAGCCCUCAUUUAAAAACAAAAACAAAAAACAAAAAAAUAUUUAAAAACUGCAUUGUGUUUAUUAUAUAUUUUGAAAUAUAAAAAGAGUUAUAGUUUAAAACUAGAUUAACAUAUAUAAAAAAAUGAAACAAAACAAAAGAUUGUAUUGGAACAUCAACAACAAAAGGGAAGUAAUACUUUAAAGCUUAAAACGCAAAACAAACAGCAAACAAAAGAAAAUAACUUGUUACACUUACGUUUUCACAUAACGAGAAUUCUAAAUAAAAAUGACAAAUAUCUAUAUAGUAUGUAUGAAACAAGAAUAACUAUAUAGUAAACACAUUGCAAAUGGUGCAACAAACACGUCUAAAAAAAAAUAUUAAAAAAAAUAAACAAAUUACACAAUUCAAUGAAACCUCAACAGUAGCUUCGUACAUAUAUAAAGCAAAAACAAAAACUAAAUAAAAAGCAAAAAAAAAUAUAUAUAUAUGUUAGGUACAUAGCAUAUAAGGCAUAAUUGUAAAAGGUAUCAAAACUAUAUUGUAUUUCAAAAUAGCAAUGAGAAAAGAGAUGACAAAACUAACUAACUAACUUUCAUAGUUUAUUUUUGCAUAAUCAUUUUCCUAAGCGAGUGAAACAGCAAACUGUAUAAAAGAUGAACGAUAAAUAAGUUUAUAUACAAAUCCUUUGUUUUUUUUUUCUUUGUUAAUCUGUUUCUUCCUUUGAUGUACAUUUUGCUAAGUAAUGAAAACGUAGACAAAAGUUUAUUAAAUUCGUUUGCAAACUUUAAUUUACUUUAAAAAUGUUAAACAACAAUAAGAAAAAGGAAAAUUUAUAAUUUAAGUAAAACUUGAACACGCUUUCGUACAUAUGUAUAUGUACACUUGCUUGAGACGUUUCAUGUUCAUUAUAAAUAUUUUUCACUUGAUAUACACACAUGCAUAUAUAUUUUUCAAUUGCCGCGAUCAUACAUACUUUACAUUAGUAAUUUAAACUUAAUAUUAGUAAAGAAAUGCCAUUUUUAUAUUAAAAUAAAAAACAGCGAUGAAUUGAGGAAA